CUGUCUUUGAGCAAGCAAACAACCACCAUGCCUGAAGACGCCGUGCAAGUCAUGGGCGUCGACCCGGCCCUCGUCGAUGCCUCGGGCGACCCCCAGCGCAAACACCCAGAGGCUCAUGCUGCCGUCCCGCCACCCUUCCUUGUAUCCGAGGGCAAAGCUACCAUGCAGGACACCUACCUGUCCGACGAGACCUAUGAUGACACUCCCACCGACGAAGAGUUGAAGACUCUCGAGCGCGUGUCCGCUGGAAUCGACUGGAGAAUCUACACCAUCGCCUUCGUCGAGCUCGUCGAGCGCAUGUCGUGGUAUGGUGUCACCGCUCUCAUCUCCAACUUCAUCGCCAAAGCAAGGCCAACUCCCACGGGAGCUGCUCUGGAUCCCAACGACGAAGAAGCCCAACCCGGUGGUCUCGGUCUCGGCAAGCAGAUCGCAUUCAACAUCACCACCUUCAACACCUUCUGGACCUACGUCAUGCCUCUGUUUGGUGCCUACGUUGCCGACACCUACUUCGGUCGCUUCAAGACCAUUUUCUUGUCGGUUAUCGUGGCUGAAAUCGGUCACACCAUUCUCACCGUUUCUACUAUCCCCAAGGUCAUGGACAAUGCCAGUGGUUCCCUCGGUUGCUUCAUGGUCGGUUUGGUCAUCAUGGGCGUCGGAACCGGAGGAUUCAAGCCCAACAUUUCCCCUUUGAUUGCUGAACAAGUCCUUGAAGACAGGAUGCGUGUCACCGAAGUCAACGGCAAGCGCGUCAUCAUUGACCCUGGAAUCACAAUCACCCGUAUCUACAACUACUUCUACAUGUUCAUCAACAUCGGCGCUCUGGUUGGUCAGCUGACCAUGGCCUACGCUGAACGUUACGUCGGUUUCUGGCUUGCUUUCCUCCUGCCCACCAUUAUGUUCUUCCUUGCCUUCCCCGUCCUCAUCUACUGCAAGCCCCGUUACACGCUAUUGCCACCCUCUGGCAGCGUCAUGGCUCCUGCUAUGAAGUUGUUCUUCAAGGCCCUCGGCAACGGUAUUUCACCCAAUCCCGUCAAAACAGUCAAGAGGUGGCAAGACGGUCAAUUCUGGAAUCGCGUCAAGCCUUCCACCCUUGGUGCUAGCGCCCCCUCGUGGUACACAUUCGACGAUGCCUGGGUGGAUGAGGUUGCCCGUGGUCUCACUGCCUGUGGUGUCUUUGUCUGGGUUCCUGUAUAUUGGCUCGCAUACCGCCAGAUGGACUCCAAUUUGAUCCAGAUGUGCUCAACCAUGAAGCUUGGUGGUGUGCCCAACGACGUUUUGAACAACUUCGAUCCCCUGGCUAUCGUCAUCCUCGUACCCAUCGUGGAUCUUGUCGUCUACCCUGCCCUGCGAAGGCGCGGCAUCAACUUCUCUCCCAUCAAGAAGAUCACUGCCGGUUUCCUGUUCGGCGCCGCCGCCAUGGUGUGGGCUGCCGUCCUUCAGCACUACAUCUAUAAAACCUCUGGAUACUACGAUGCCGACCCCAAGCCCGAGGAGUACAAGUCUCCCAUCACUGUCUGGGCUGUCAUUGGUGUUUACAUCCUCGUCGCCAUCUCGGAGAUUUUCGCCUCUGUCACGACUCUGGAGUAUGCCUUUACCAAGGCUCCCAAGAACAUGAGAUCAUUGGUUCAAUCCGUCCAGCUUUUCACCACUGCUUUCUCCGCUGCUCUUCAGCAGGCUUUCACUCCUUUGACUGCUGACCCGUACCUCGUUUGGAACUACGGUUCGGUGGCAAUCAUUGCCGGUGUAGUCGGUAUUGCCUUCCACUUCUUCUGGCGCUCGACCGAUAGGGAUGAGGAGAGGAUGAACUUGCUGCCCACUGGUCACUUGGGUACCCAGUCUCAGGCCCAGGACGUCGAGAGGCGCCUCAGCGCUGCCGGCGACCGGAAAGCUUCCCUCACCGGUCCCACCGAGCUCAACGCUGAACGUGAGCCUGUCGAGAAGAUCUAA